UGCGCGAGGACGCGACAGAGGAAGAAAAAAAAAAAAAAAACCUCCAACCAUCAACGCGCUGAUGGUGCGGGGUCACGAACUAUGACCUUUAACUGUAGGAAAACAAAACAAUUAUUUUAUAAAAUAGCUGAGAGCCCCAAUUCUUCGUUCGACCACUCUUGGAGUCCUCACUAAUGACCUUACAUCACCAUGACGGCCAGCCUGAAUCUGCUCUCUCAGCAGAAAACAGACUUUGAGCACAAGGCAGAGGUGUCAUUGUCUCCCAUUGUUGGUGAUGAGUCAGUCACCUCAGCACUUUCAGGUUGGUUCUCUUGAGGCUUCAGCAACAUCACAACAGAUACAGAUUGUAACUGAGCAGAAGACAGGUCAGAAGAUUCAGAUCGUGACAGUCAUGAACCCUUCUAGUGCUCCCAAGCAGCGAUUUAUUUUGACCACAGCUGAUCGCUCCGGGGCAGGCAAGGUUAUUCUGACCUCUCCAAACAACCACAACACUAAGCAGCUCAUCUUUACCUCUGCAGACAGCCUGAUGCCAGGAAGGAUACAGAUUGUCACAGAUCCAUUGUCAAUGGAGCAGUUACUUGGGCAAUCUGGCGAUUUGAAUCGGGCACAGACAGUGGAGUACUGUGUGGUGUGUGGAGACAAGGCUUCAGGGCGUCACUAUGGAGCUAUGAGUUGUGAGGGCUGCAAAGGUUUCUUCAAGCGGAGUGUGAGGAAAAACCUGACCUACAGCUGUCGCAGUAAGCAGGACUGCGUUAUCAACAAGCACCACCGGAACCGCUGCCAGUUCUGUCGGUUGAAGAAAUGCCUUGACAUGGGAAUGAAGACUGAGUCUGUUCAAAGUGAAAGGAAGCCUGUUGAGAUUGUGCCCAGAGAGAAACAUAUCAACUGUGCUGCCUCCACCCAGAAGAUCUACAUCCGUAAGGAUAUUAACAGUCCACUCAUCGCCACGCCAACAUUCAUCUCAGACACAGAGACAAAUGACUCCAGAUCAAGCCUGCUGGACCAGGGUAUGCUGGUUAAUAUUCAGCAGCCUGUCAUGCAGAGUGAUGGAACGGUGCUGUUGGCGACUGACUCAAAGAUGGAGUCCAGCCAUGGAGACUUGGGGACGCUGGCAAAUGUGGUGACAUCACUGGCCAACCUGAGUGACUCAUUGAAGCAGAAUUUGAAAAAUGGAGAUUCAUCAGACUGCCAAUAUGUGGAGAAUAACACUACAGAAAUAACACGUGCCUUCGACACCCUGGCCAAAGUGCUCAAUCCACUCGAAGCAGUUGUGACUGAUAAGUGUGUUAGCGGAACAGCCUUUCAACUCAUUGGCCGAGACCAGGAGACAACAAUCAUUGAGGUUGAAGGGCCGCUGCUCACAGACGGCCAUGUCAGCUUUCAGCUGACCAUGCCCAGUCCCAUGCCUGAGUACUUGAAUGUACACUACAUAUGUGAAUCGGCCUCCAGGCUUCUCUUCCUCUCCAUGCACUGGGCACGCUCCAUCCCUGCCUUCUCAGCUCUAGGUCAGGAAGCAAACACCAGUUUGGUGCGAGCCUGCUGGAAUGAGCUGUUCACACUGGGUCUUGCUCAGUGUGCUCAUGUGAUGAAGCUGUCCACCAUCCUGGCUGCCAUCGUCAGCCACCUUCAGAGCAGCAUCCAGGAUGACAAGAUGUCAGGGGAGAGAGUGAAGCAAGUGAUGGACCACAUCUGGAAGUUCCAGGAGUUCUGCAACAGCAUGACGAGGUUGGAGACAGAUAGCUACGAGUACGCCUACCUGAAGGCCAUUGUAUUGUUCAGUCCUGAUCACCCAGGUAUGGACUGCAGUGGGCAAGUGGAAAAAUUUCAAGAGAAAGCCAUGAUGGAGCUGCAGGACUAUGUACAGAAGACCUAUCCAGAGGACACCUACAGGUUGACUCGUAUCCUGACUCGUCUGCCAGCUCUGCGCCUCAUGAACUCCAACAUCACAGAGGAGCUCUUCUUCACUGGCUUAAUUGGUAACGUUUCCAUUGACAGCAUCAUUCCCUACAUCCUCAAGAUGGAGACGGCUGAGUACAACAGCCAGGACAUUGACCCCACAGAGUGACACCUCCUGUCUUGUGAAACAAGACAAGAAAUGGCCACUUUAGAUACUCUGUUCCCUCCAUGAUUGUUUUUUUUGUUGAAGCCCUGAUGAGCAUCCUGCAGUGGCCUCUUGUUUUCUGUACUCACUAUUCACAAAUCCCUCUCAAUGUUUCUACACAUCAAAACUAAUUCCAUUUCAACCCUCAGACUUUUAGUUUGGUCUUAUUGUGUUAUUCUUUCGCAAUAAUGACAUACAUGCCUCAUUCAAAAUGAGUUUAUGAAAUAUGAUAUUUAAAUUUCCCCCAUCCCUGCAUUUUAAAUGUACUUUAUCAUUUGUGUGGUACAAACUGGUAUGCAAUACCUGGUCCUGUGCUUUUUUUGUAACAUUACAGUAUGUAAUAAGGAAUAGAAAUAUGCAUUGCAAUGCCUUUAUUAAUGUGUUUUUCCUUACUUUGAAUACAUGGAACUAACAACUGGAAGGAGAACAUCCAUCAGGUACUCAAAUCUAGUCAAUGUAACAGCAGCAGACCUCAGUCUUUAAGUGUAAGUAAAGUGCUUUAAUGGCUCAUUUACAUGAUUAGUUAAUGUAUUUAUUCCAUAUUGUAGUUCUAGCUUUCUCUCACACAUUAAGCCAAAUGAGCAGAUUAGAUUGUCUAUUUGUAUUUUUUUAUUUCUGGAUUAAAGUUAAGAUAUUUUGGUUGUUUUUAUGUUAUUUGUGGCCUACCUUGAAUACGUUGAUGAUAUCCUGUGGAACGACCUCAUCACUUUUCCCUUUAUGACAAUCAUUUGUUUAUUCCCGAGCCCAUCAGUGUCGCUGUCUUUCUUAUUUAUCAGAAGCAUUUAUUUGUUUCUUUUACCAAGUAUUACAUACAUAAUUUUGUUUUAAAAUGGUUUACUUAUGUGUAGCUAUGCUACUGCUUUUGUGCUUGUGUUUAAAUUUAUACCGUGUUUAUUCACAUCUAUUCUGACUAAAUUGAACCUUUGUGGGUUUUUUUAUGUUUUCUGAAAGCUACAAUUUGUUCUGAACAACUGUGCUUGUUGCAUACUAAGUGUACUUAAAACAAUUUUGGGCAGGUUUCCCUAAUUUUAAGAGUAACGGAAAAGAUUUCCUAGGAAACAAGGCUGUAGUGCAUUGUCCUGAGGACUUUAUGCAGCAGCUUCCUGCUUGUAUAAUGAUUUAGAAAAUGUAUCCAUGAAUGAGAAUGAGUUAAAUGAGUUUGAAAUGUGGAAUAUGUUCAUUGUAAUUUGGGUUUAAAACCCAUUACGACUGUUUGUAAAAAUGUAUGUGGAAAGUUAACUUUGUACAUGUAAUUUCAUUAAGAUGAGUGCAUGUUUGUUUUUAAGCAAUUUUCUAAUGUUCUUGCAGUCUGCCCUAUUAAUCAACAUUUUUAUAGUGCAUUGCCGUGCAUGAAGAAGUGGCUUAUUGCAUUUUAUUAAAUGCUGUAUAAAAAAAAAAGUUCAUUAAGUGUUGUGGCUUUAACAUAUUACAAUGAUCACCUCCACUUUUGAACAUAUUUGAAACAAUUUUUUUCAUCUUUGUGGUUUGACUAUUCCAGGGUUAACAGUUUCUACAAUGUAUGUUCUGAUUUUGUGCUCAUGUGUUAGUUCAAACUCAGUCAUUGUUUGACCUACAUUGAUUGCAACCUUACAUGUCUACCUCACAGAUGAAAAUGGAAUCCAAAUGUAUUAACGAACUCCUGUAUUAACAUUCCAGUCUCUGAGGCUGGCUUCGUCAAAGCCACACAUAUGAAUGAAAUAAAA